AUGUGGAAAGACGUUGAAGUAUACUGUAGUUGGCUACAAAUUGAUCUUCAAAAGAAGGCUCGUAAAGGAAAAACAUCAAAGGAGAUUCUUCAAUCAUUGGGUGAUGAAGCAGCAAAAUCUGUUAUACAUGUGAAGGCAAGGAAAAAUGUAAGUCAGGAUUACUCACGUUAUAUGUUCAUUGCUGCAGGAAUUGAUCGAAUAAUAAAAAUCCCAAAUGGGCUUCCAUUUUUCACUUUGCUCGGGAAUACCCCUAGGUAUUGUCUUGAUAUUCGGUAUCAUGUUUCUUCACUUUUCUCGGGUGGGUCGACAUCCAUUUGGGUCGCCAAUUCUCAAGUCACAUUUUACAAUGUGCAAUGUAUUCACAAUAAAUCUGGUGGUUAUACAGUUUUUUAUCUUCAGGAAACUAUCGAUGAGUCAAAUGAUUCAAAGAAAGAAGAUGGGAUGAAGGAAGAACAAAAUUUAGAUAAAUUCAAGUUCUCAUGUAAGAUGUGUAAAGAUAUUAUUCUUGGCAACAGAUCAUCUGAAAAAACAAGGCUAGAUUAA